UUAUGAUUAGUGCUAAUCUGUCGAGCGCAGUACGUGAGCCGCUCCGUCCGUCGGCGCAUGAUCGAGUCUCCAGUCACCGUCGCCCGGCGUCAGUACCUCCGCUGCCCUCGACGCUGCCGCACGCACCUCGCUCCUCUCUGUCCCUCCCAGAGGGCUGCACAAAUAAUGACUGACACCACCCCCGAAACGCGGCUCCCCAAAUAAGUGAAGGGCGACAACCCUCGGUACGAAAGUUAUGGCCGGAAAACGCGCGCUAUUCCCGACUGACGUUUUAAAAUCCGAUAAUUUAUAGUGAUUUUAUUUGUUUGAGUUUUGUGAUACGGACUUUUGAAGGAUUGCAACAGUUGACGGGUACUGGUAAAAUAGACACAAAGAAAAAAUAUUCUAUUCAAAAUGAUUCAGGAUAACGAAAAUUCUGCUUUGAAUGAGCAAAUUGCCGCUUUCAAGAGCGACCCGGAGAAACUUCGGGAGGCCACUGAGUUUGUGGACCAACUCAUACAGCAAGCAAAGAAAGAAGCUGAACUUAAACAAAAAGAGAAAGACAGAAGUAAAUUCGAAUCACAAGAUGCAGGUAAUCUGAAGAGGCGAUUGGGCCGAGCGCGAGGCUUCGUGCUGCGGAUGUUUGACGCUCUAUGCAACUGCACCCAGACCGCUGCAGCCGCUGCUCGCACUACGGCCCGAAAUAACCCUUUUACUAAGCGCUAAGCCGAUCACAUGGCACUUUGAACUUGUAGAUCUGACUUCUGUGGGCUUAGUACGAAAUUACGAAUUACUUGAAAGGUACGGUAGUGAUUAAUUAGCUAGUCCUUUAUAUUGAUGACUUGCUUUCAGGUAUAGAUGGAUAAUGGAAACAGCAAUAUUUUCCAGCGUAUAAUUUUCUCAUUUUUUUGAGCUGUUCAAAUAAAACAUUUAUAAAACAUAAUAUGUGAAAGGAAUAGAGUAGACUAAAAGGUUAUCGUACCUACCACAAUACCUUCAUUAAAUAAAUAUUCGUACUAGGCCCUUUGUCUCAAACUUUCGUUAUUUGAUAUCGAGUUUAAAGGUUUGGGUUUGUAUUACAAAGAUUAGAGGUUUAUUGAUUUUUCUUUGCUUUUAGAUAUUUAUUUUAAUUGGAUCUGCAGUAUUCUUUGAAGUUCAAAUCAUUGUGUUUACUUUGGCGGGUUCUUACAACUUUUUAAGAGGCGAGGUAAGGGGCAUGCCUCGAGCUAUGACAAUAUUUGGCCCCAAAGAAACAAUUCUAAUUAUGUUUCUUAAGUUGAUCACAAAACAUUUUCGAGAGCCCUUUUAUUACAAAGGAAAAGAAUAAUCACAAAGCUCAAAGAUUUUAAUUAAAAUUAUACUUUCAGGGUUUCUUUCUUACUGUCAAAGGAAUUUACCGAAAGACCCCAAAAGGUAAAUAGUAAAAACCACUCGAUCUUUGUAGAUUUACUAACAUUAAUAGUAGUGUCAAUAAGUGUUAUAAUUCAAAUAUCAUAGCAUUUAACGUGAUUAUUCGUUUGGUUAUUUUUACAGAAAUAAUCAACAUAUCUUUGACACCUAAACCUAGUUAUCCAAAUGUGACUGUGUAGUUGUUUACCAAAGAUGUUUACCCAGUUCAUAAUUAUUAUGUAUAAAUAAAAAAAAAACGUACGUAUAUCUUCUCUGAGAAUCAAUGAAGUUCAAUGUUCCCGUGAAAAUAAAGACCAGAGAAUGUUAAAGUUAAACCGAUCAACUGUCCAGACUUCAAACUUUCUAGCUGACGCAGGUACCUAUUCCUAAAACGAGCGACCCUUCAAACUUGGCGCCUUAGGCAAACGCCCCUUCGACCUUCGUAUCAGGUCGACGGCCGACACAACAGCUGAGAAUUCAUACCCAUUCGAAAUCAAUUUGCAUUGCAUUUGCAAGCCCGAUUUGCGAAUUAGACAAAAAGUAUUCUAGUAACUUCUAUCCAUAUUAUGUCCACAAUGUAGAAUGACUAUUCUUUUCUUCAAAGGGGGAGGCCAGGAUUAUCGUCAAAAGAUUUACCUACUAACAUUUGGCAAAGUUCUGUCGCCGUAUCAAGCGUGAUGUAUCUCAAGAGCCCUUAUUAUGUAAGAAAGGUUUUCGACUUAAGUCCUGGUGGAUCCCACACUGUCCCGUUAUAAACCUUAGUCUUCCUAUUUAGUGUCCCUAAAACGGUGUAACAUGGUGUUAUGUGAUCGGUGUGAUUACGCUUAUAGUUCAUAAGGUGUAUUUUAGUAAUAAAAUUAAAAUAUCUGAACAUUAUGCUGUUGGUAUAUUGAAUUGCGAAGGCGCGUGGAAUUUAAUGAUUGAAAAACGUACUUUACCAAUUUUCACUAUUUAAUUGUAAAUCUGUCUCUAAAGUUUAUGGUCCUAAGAUUCCAGAACGGCAAAUUAAUUGGAAGUGUGGUAAGUAUAAUGAAUGUAUGCCUAUUUACUUACAAACGUUCUGUACCCGCAAAACUUAGGGUCAAGCAACUUGAAUAAACUGGUGUCUCUGUCCUUUCAAAAAUAUGGUAGAAAGAAUAUAUCUACAUGAGUAUUAAUUAUAAUAAUAGUGUUUGUGUAAGUAUGCCGCGCCUUCGUAAUUUCUACGUAUUGUAUGUAUUUACUCACCUUUGUACGAUACACAUAUAUUUUGUGUAGACAUUAUCUAUAAUUAUUGUUUUCAUAGAAACUUCACUUUACACUUCGAUUAAAUUAUAAAUUUGUAAAAAAAAGUGUUUUUACCAGCAACACCUGUGUACCUAUAUGUAACUUUUAUAAUUAUCUACGUAUUGUAAUAAAUAAAAAUCAUUUAUAUACCAAAUAUUUUAUACUAUCUACUACUUACAAUGUAAUUUUAUACUCUACUGGGAAUUGGUUACUGUAUGUUAAUCUCGAUUUUAAGUUUUAAUAAUUUUGCUGUUAAUUAUCGACGCACAAAACAGCACAAUUUAAUAUGGAAAAUUAGUAUUAUUUUUAAAAAGCUAUUUUAUAAUUUAAGUUUAAUUUAAAACUGCAGUAGUUUUAAGAUUUUUUUAAAUAAAACUUCAAAUUAUGUUGUCGGACUUGAGAGAGAAAAAGUAUUUCAUAGAACGACCUUAAUGGGAUACAGUGUGUAAAAAUAUGUCUUUUAUAAAAAGAUAACAUAAUAUAUAAAAGUUAGUAUAUAUUUUCAGUGUAAAAGUUUCAGUAGUUGAAUGUUCACAAGUAAAUUACUAAGUGUUUAUAAGAUAAAUGUUCAAUGUGAUAUCCUGCCUGUAAUACCUUUACUUCCGGUGUGAUUCUACAGAAAAAAAUAACUUCUUCUAAAAUAUAAACUGAUUUUAUAAAUAAAA